AUGUCAGAAAUUGUUCAACCAAAGAAGUAUGUGGGUUUUGAUACUAUCACUACUCAAAUCGAGAAUAGAUUAUUGAAAAGAGGAUUUCAAUUUAAUAUUAUGAUGGUAGGUAGAAGUGGAUUAGGUAAGUCAACUUUAGUGAAUUCAUUAUUUUCUUCCCCAUUGACCACUUCUAAUGGUAGAUCUAAACCUGAGGAAAUUGUCGAAAAAACUACCGAAAUCAAAGUAAGUAAUCAUGUUUUACAAGAAAAUAAUGUUAAAUUGAAUAUUAAUAUUAUUGAUACUCCAGGAUUUGGAGAUCAGAUCAAUAAUGAAAAAUGUUGGGAACCUUUGGUCAAAUAUAUCAAAGAGCAACAUAGUCAAUACUUAAGAAAAGAAUUAACUGCCACUAGAGAAAAAUAUAUUAAUGAUUCAAGAGUUCAUUGUAUUUUAUAUUUCAUACCACCAAAUUACAAGAAAUUGAAAAAUUUAGAUAUUCAAGCUAUCAAAAAGUUAUCAGAAAUUGCUAAUGUUAUACCAAUCAUUGCUAAAAGUGAUUCAUUAACCAUGGAUGAAAGAUCAAAUUUGAAAAAAUCUUUACAAAGUGAAUUCUUGAAACACAAUUUCAAUUUAUACCCUUAUGAUAAUGAAGAAUUAUUUGAUGAUGAAAGACAAUUGAAUGAAGAUAUCAAAUCAUUAAUUCCUUUUGCAAUUGUUGGUUCAAAUAAUGAAAUUCAAGUCAAUGGUGAAUUAGUUAAAGGUAGAAAAACCAAAUGGGGGGUCAUUAAUAUUGAAGAUAUCUCUCAAUGUGAAUUCAUCUUUUUAAGAGAUUUCUUAACUAGAACUCAUUUACAAGAUUUAAUUGAAUCUACUAGUUUAAUUCAUUAUGAAAACUUUAGAUCUAAACAAUUGAUUGCAUUAAAAGAAAAUGCUAAUACUAAUAGGCAAUCAAACUUGAUGGCUAAUGAUAAAGUCCCUCAAAAAGUUUAG